UUGUUGUUUAAAGUGAUUUUCAUUUCUAUUUUGGUGAGAAAAAAAAAAUGUUUAAAACAUUUGAUUUCUGAUUUUGCUAAGCAAAAACAUUGAUCAUCAUGUCAUUUUCUAACAACAAUAACAACAAUACCGGCAUCGGUAAUGUUGAACAUCAUGAUCAUUUUACAAUGGAACGUGAAUUACAAAAUCUAAGCCUACAGAAUUCUAUGCAAAAAGAAUUUAUCGAUAAAAUUAAACAACAAUUACAGGAAACUGAAACAGAAUUACAAAAAUCACGUCAUGAAUAUUAUGAAAUUCUUCAGGGUCGUGAUAAUAUUAAAAAAGAAUAUGAUAAUGUUGUCGGUGAAGUACAAAAAUUAAGAGAUGAAAAGAUUGAAAUGUUUGAAUUAUUACAACAAAAAAAUACCGAAAUAUCAAGCCUAAAAGAAACGAUACAAUUAUCAUCACAACGUUCUACAAAUGAUGGUUCAACAACAUUGGAACAAUCAAUGAAUACAUCAUUGAAUGAAAUACGAUUACGUUUUAUGGAUAAUCGUUUUAAAGAGGAAAAAAAUCUUUAUCAAAAUCAAUUGAAAUUAUUAAACGAUGAAUUGGAAAACAAAACACAAGAAUUAUUAAAUGUUCGCAAAGAAAACAAUGAAAAAUUAUUGAUGGCCAAUCUAAAGAUCGAAGAUCAAGCUGAUGAAAUAGCCAUUCUGAAAUUGGAAAUAAAUCGAUUGAAAAAAUUAAACGAAUCAAAAGAUGGUAAAAAUGAAGAAUUAUCCAAUAAAUUAAACGAAUUACAAAUUCAUUGUACACAAUUGGAAAGUACAUAUAAUAAAGAGACUGAAGCACAGAAUGAAAUUAUCAAUUUAUUGAAUAAAAAUAUUGAAGAAAAAUCAAAAGAAUCACAAGAAAAAGAUGAUUGUAUUGCUGAAUUACGUGAAUUAAUACAAAAAGGUUAUGAAGCACAUAAUGAAUUGGAAUUACAAUUUGAAUCGAUGAAAGAAAGCUAUAUGAAAGAUGUUAAAGAAUUGGAAGAUGAACGACAAAAAUUAUUAAUCGAAUUGGAUAAUGUACGUAGUCAUUUGAAUGAAUUUAAUAAAACAAUGGUGGAAAAAGAAUUUGAAAAACAUUUUCCAUUUGCUUCCGAAACAAAUCGUAAACUAAACAAUGUUGUCAAUCUAUCCGAUCUAUAUGAUGAACUAGUACGAACUAAACAAGAAUUGACACGUGUUAUGGCAAAUAAUUUACGAUUGGAAAAAGAUUUGAAAGAUAUGAAUGAAAAAAUUGAUGAAGAACGACCAUUAUUAUAUAAAAAUAUUCAUGAAUAUGAAAUGAUUGAACAAAAUUAUCAAAAAUUACAAGAAGAAUUGAUGCAAUUAUUAAUGGAAAAAGAUAAAUUUAUGGCCGAAAAAGAUAAAGAUACACAAAUGAUUAAUACAUUGAAACGUGAAUUAAAACGUUAUCAACAGGAAACACAAGAUUUAAGCUUACAGAUUGUUCAUCUAAUGAAAGCCAUUCAAGAAGCUAAAGGAUUUCAAGUAUUUGAUAAUUCAAUGGCUGAUUCAACAAUGCAACAACAACAAACAAAUAUACCUAAUGGUAUGAUAUUAUUCAAAGAUAUACAAGAAUUACAGGAUAAAAAUCGUCAAUUAUUAACAUUAUUACAUGAAAUGAAUGAUGAAUUAAUGAAUAAUCAAAAAAUGAAUGAAAAUAAUGGUGAUGAAAAUGUACGUGAAUUACAAUUGAAAUCUGAAUCGGAAGAAUUGAAAUCAAAAAUAGAAUCAUUACGUAAUGAAUUACAACAGAAAAAUGAUAUAAUUGAAAUGUUGCAGAAACAAAAACGAUUAAUCAAUCCAAAUUAUUCGAUGGAAUAUGAUUCGAUCGAAAUGCUAACCGAAAAUAAAGAAUUGAAAUUAAAAUUGGAAAAAUCUAUUGAAAAUUUAGAAACAACAAGGCAAAAAAAUCUUGAUGAUGUACGACGAUUAGAAUCGGAUAAAAAUCAAUUGAUACAGGAAAAUGCAACAAUUAAAAGUGAUCAAUCAAGAUUGAACAACGAAUUACAGAAUCAAAAAUCCUAUAUGCAAGAAGUAAAUGUAACGAUGGAAAAAUAUCAAAAUGAAAAUAUUUUACUACGUGAACGUAAUAUUAAAUUAAAUAGUAUUGUUGAAAAUUUGGAAAAAAAUAUCAUCAAAUUACAGAAUCAAAUUGAUUCGUUGAAUGAAUCGGUACGAAUGAAAGAUAAUAAUAUGGAAUUUUGUCGUUCCGAAUCUGUACAGCUAAAAAGUCAGGUUGAUUAUCUGACAAAAGAAAAUGAACGAUUAGUUAAUGAUAUACGUACACAGAUAACAAUGGUUGAAUCGAUGAAAAUGAUGCAAGAUAAUUGUGUUAAAGUUGAAAAUGAUACUAUACGACGACAACAACAACAAUUGGAACGUUUUGAACAAGAAAUUAGUUAUUAUCGAAGUAAAGUACAAAAACAGGAAGAAAAAUUAAAAGAAAUGAAUGAUAGUUUUACUGGACGAUUGGAAAACGUACAAGAACAAUUGAAUAAAGAACGACAAAAAUAUCUUCAAUUACAACAAGAACAUUUUGAUUUGAAAAUGAAAUCUCAACAACAACAACAGCAGCAGACAACAAUGUCACAACUACAAUCAUCACAAAACGAAAUGAUAAUGAUUACGGAUUCGGGUGAUGAAAUGAAUGUUUCGAUUGGUGGUAAAAAAGAAUUACAAAUGGCACAAGAUGAGAUAAAAAUUUUGCGUGGAAAAUUGAAUAAUUCGGAAGAAAAAUGUUCAACAUUAGAAACAACGAAUCAAUCGUUGGUAGAAAAUCUAAAUAAAGCAAUCGAAAAUAAUCAACAAAUGAAACAGAAUAUUGAUGAUGAAAUUCAAUCAAAAUUGUCUUUGAUAGCUAAAUUGAAUGAAGAUCUAAAGAAUUUACGAGAGAAAUAUGAAAAAAUUGUAGCCGAAAAAGAUUUGGAAAUUGAACAAUUGAAAAAGAAUGCCAAUGAUUAUGGUAGACAAACGGAAAAAUUACGUAAAGAAUUGAAUGAAUUACAGCAAGCAUUGGAAAAAUCACAUCAAAAUGAACAUGAUGUUUUGGAAGAAUUACAAAUGAAAACAAUGAUUGCCGAUAAAGCUAAACAAGAAUAUGAUUCAGCCAUACAACAACGUAAUGAUGAUUCAAAAAUAAUAUUCGAAUUACAAACUAAAUUGGAUCAUUCACAACAACAAUUGUCUACAAAAGAAACUGAAUUAUCUAAAUUACGUGAAGAAUAUCGUACAAAUAUUGAUUCGAUUGAAAACGAUAGAAAAACAUUGCAACAAGAAUGUGAAAAAUUACAGAUAAAAUGUGGUUCAUUGGAACAGGUGAAUGAUUCAUUAAUGAAUCAAUUAGAACAGAUGACUAAUCAGAUUAUUGCAUUACAAAAUAAUUCAACAAUGUUUUUGGCUGAUGAACAACAACAAAAAGAAUCGUCCGAACGUUUAUUAUCGGUAGUGAAAUUUUUACGUGAAGAAAAAUCUAGUUUACAAUUGGAAAUAUCGAAAAUUAAUGAUGAAAAUCAACAAUUACGAAUUGAAUUGAAUAGUUAUCGUAAUGAAAUUGAUAAUUUAAAAUCUAUGCUUGAAAUGGAACGACAAUCAUCACAACGAUUGAAUACGUCGAAUGAAUUUAAAGAAAUUUUGGCCAAUGCACAAAUGGUACCAAUAUUACGUGAAAAUAAUGUUCAAUUAAAAACACAAUUAAAUCAAUUGGAACGUAAAUGUCAAGAAUUAUCUGGCAAAUUACAAUCAUUCGAAUCGAAAGAAAAAUCUUUACAAAAUCUUAAUCAAAAAACUGAAUCCGAAGCAAUUCAAAUAGAAUUAUUACGAAAAGAUAUUGAUAAUUGGAAAACAAAAGCACUAAAUCUUCAACAACAGUUACGUAAUUUUGAUGCUGAUAGUGUAAAACGUUUGAUGAUGGAAAAAACAUCGUUAAGUAAACAGAUUCAAAUGAAUAAUACAGAAUUGGCUAAAAUGAAAAAUGAAUUGGAAACAAAAACUCGAAUGUUAGCACAAUGUGAACAAGAAUUGAAUAAUUUACGACAACAAUCAAAGAAAACGAUGGAUAUGAAUAAAGAUUUACAAAAAUUACGUGAUGAAAAUUCUAAUCUACAGAAUGUUACUACACAGUUACGAUCAUUGGCACGAAAAUAUAAGGCCGAAAUUGGUAAGAUUAAGAAUUCGCAAACUGUUGCUUCAACAAAUGAAACGGUUGAUAAAGAAGUUCAAUGUGAUUCAAUCGAUCCUACAAUGAUAUCGUCAGCAACAGGUUCAUCAUCGAAUAUUCAGCAGCAACAACAACAAGAAGUUGAAUCCUUACGAAUGGAUUUACAACGAUUAAAUCAAGAAAAUGAAUCAUUAAAAAAACAUGCAACAGAUAAAGAAGAGAUUGCUAAAAAAAUUGCCCAACAAGCUAAACAACGUAUUUCGGAUUUAAGUGUAGAAAAAUCAUCAUUAUUAAAAGAAAAAGAAACAUUAGCGAAAAAUUUAGAAGAAUUACGUUCGAAAAUGAAUAAAUUGGAAACAGAUUCCGAACAAUUACGUAAUGAAUAUGAUCAACAAAUGUUGCAACAACGUAAUGAUUUACAAACAGCAAAUAAACAGAUUGAAGAUUUAACUUUACAAUUAAAAUCUUCUCAACAACAACAACAGACAACUGGAUUAUUGGCAACAACAGCCGGUUCAUCACAAUCGAUUGUUGUUGGACAAUCAACAAUGAUGACAAUGGCUGCUACAUCACCUAUAUCGACAACAACAACAAUAUCCGGUAUGACCACAUCAUCAUCAUCAUCAUCAAUACCACCUGUUAGACAUUCAGUGUUGCCACAACAACAACCAUCAACAUCAUCUUCAUCAUCAUCGUCGACUACUUUGGUUUUUUCCAACAAUCCGAAUAAACCGACACCAACUGUCAGUAUCAAACCGAUGACCAAAUCGAUUGCAUCGACUAGACGUUUUGGUCAGGUAUUUGGUCAGACAAUCAAAGAAACAAAUUCGUCAUUAUCUUCGACAUCAUUACCACAGGCAACAGUUCAGCCACAAACACAAGCCAUUUCCACUGUUAGUUCGGGUUCGGCAGAGAUAGCUGCCAUACCUUCAACAUCAUCAUCUGUAUCAUCAUCAGGUAAUAUAAUGGCUGCGACAACAUCUCAUCAUCACCAGCAUCAUCAUCAUCAUCAUCAUCAACAACAACAACAUAUAUCUGAACCAGUUGAAGAUUCUACGAUUAAUGUUUCGGAAGUAGAAUCAACUUCAAUUUCAACAUCUGUAUCAAAUAAACGAUCAUUACAGAAUACAUCGUUUGAUGAACCAUCAAGUAGUGGCUAUAAUAAUACAAAACGAUCAAAAAUUCAAGCUCAAUCUAGUGGUAGAAAUAUUAUCGGUGAUGAUAACGAUAGUAAUGAUAUUGCUGAUGACGACGACGAUGAUGAUGAGGAAGAAUUUGGUUUAAUGGAAUCACAAGAAGAUGAUGAUGAUAAUAAUAAUGUUGAUGACGAUGAUGAAGAUUUUCACGAAGAUACUGAAUCACAAACAAAAGAUAUGACAGAUAAUGAUGAUGAUCAAGAUGAUGAAGCUGAAGCGAUCGAAAGUGAUUUAGUUUUGGACCAUCAACAGCAACAACAACAACAUCGUCAUUCUGAUAAUGAAAUUGAUGAUGAAAUGGAAGCAGAUGAAGAAGAUGAAAUUGAAGAACAAAUUGUUGAAGAUGAAGAAUCUAUUGAUGAUGAUGAUGAUGAAGAAGAAUCAGCCGAAGAUGAUAAUAUAACAAGUCAUCAACAUCGGCAACAACAACCGAAUUCUGAAGAAGCUGAUGAAGGACAUGGUGAUGUUGUUGAUGACGAAGAAGAAGAAGGUGAUGAAUCUAUACUUGAAGAUGAAGAUGAAGAGAUUGAUGAAGAUAUUGGAGAUGAUGGUGGUGGUGAUGAUGAUGAUAUAGAUGAAGAAGAAGAU